AUGUUCGACCGGAACCGACUUGAGAUUGACACGAACUUAACAUUUAUUUCCACCUAUAAAACAAUUCUACGGCCGUCGUUGUUGCCUGACUGUGGUUGUCGGACUGUGGUUGAGCUGUGUGGUGCCUUCGUUGCCUCGUUUCGCCUAUCCGUUAUUUUGCUUCGCAUUGUUAUUGACCUGCGUCACACACCCGUCGGCGACGAGUAUGGUACUGGGGAGAGUCGAUCUUUUUCUGCUGUUGAGUUGUUGGUUUCUAUUGGAGCGGUGGGUGGCUUCCUCUUAUUCUAUGUUCUCUAUCUCCUCUUCAGUAUAGAUUUUGAGUCAGAUAAACAGGAAAGGCUACAAGUAGUACAAGCUGGAGUGCAUGAUCAGGGUUUGGUUCCAUUUGAAGAUGAUGAUUUGAACAAUAUCAUUAAUACAGUGGGAGAACUGAUGUUGGGGAGGACUAUGAUAAUGAUGAGCAAUCCGACUCCGAUUGUACCAAUUUCACUUGGACGGACACUUUUUAAUUCUAUUCCUCGUCUUCCCAUAACUCAUGACAUUAAAUGUAAUGUUAGAUACUCAAUUAAACAAAUAAGAAAAAGGAGAGCUGCUGUUUUGUUUGGCCAAGUGUGGAAAUGGUGUGGCAUUCUUGUGAAGAGUUCUGCACUUCUUUCCAUAUGGGUCAGGAUGAUUCCACUUCUAUGUUAUGUUACUGAAACUGGCCCUUUGAUUUUGCAUCUAACUGAAUUUGCUUGUAAGUGA